UACCCUAUCAAAAGUCCUUAUGUGCACAAAACUAUUAUCGAAACAAGUAGUACAGCAGAUAAAUGGAAACCAACACCUUGACAUAGCAGUUUUUAAAAUAGGCUUAACCACAAUAUAAAUGCUCGUUUCCGAGAUUUCGAAUCAAAUACUUUAUAUGCCGAUACAGCCAUACUAGAUCCACGCUUCAAGCAAAAAGCUUUUCGCACUCCAGAAGCAUACAAAAGGGCGAUCGAAAAUUUAAGACGUAGGGUUGCAGAAGUUCGCAUACAGGUCCCUAAUCCAAUCACUCCAAUCGAUGUCCAAGAACAACUUCCCCCGGAAGAACCUGUCCAGUCAAGUUCCAGCAUUUGGGAAGAGUUUGAUAUGGAGAUGACCUGGACGACACGUCCAGAAUGUUCUGUUGCAGCUGGGAUAAAAGAAUUACUAAAUAAAUACUUGCUUGAGGAACCACUAAAUAGGAAAGAAGACCCAUUAAAAUGGUGGCAUAGUCGCAAACAUAUUAUAUCCUCAUUUAUAUACUGUUGUCCUAAGUAGGCUUUGCAUCCAAGCCACGUCUGUUUCGUGCGAAAGGGUAUUUUCAAGUGCUGGGCAAGUUGUUAGUGAUAGAAGAAGACUGUUGAAGCUGUCAAAAAUCACCCAAAUGCUUUUUUUACAUCAUAAUAUCGCUCAUUCACAAGAAGGACGUCACAUCUCCAAAUUCGGUAAUUUUGAGUUACAUACACAAAAAGAAUUAGAUUUUUCAACUUUAUUCACUGUAAAAACGACAUAACGCUCAGCCGUCAAAUGAGGGAGCGAGACAGGUUGUGUCAUUUUAUAUCGAUCUUGCUCAUGCGCGACGCUUUUUUCGGUACCGUCACAUUCCAGUUGCCACGAGUUUGUCGAACGGAGUGCACGUACUAUUUUAAUGAAGAGACGUCAUAAUUCGUGUUAUGACGAGCUUCUCGUAAAGAUUCUGAAUUAUUUCGAAACUUCAUAAUGUCUACUACCAGAGGGAGAAAAAUAUUGGCUUUGAUUACUGCUAACAACGAAAUUAAUGCAAAUAAACCUACAGAUGUAUCUGUGCAAGAGACGGAAGAGGGAUGCAAAAUUGGUUCAAAUUGUGACAUAGAUGUAACUAAAACUCGACCUAAUGCAACUCCUCGAUCGAGAUCAAGCUCCUCUAGCUCCUGUUCUUCUAGUAGCUCUAGUUCUACUAAUAGUUCAUCUUCUGCAUCAUUUAAAGAAGAUAGUGAUGAUUCUGUUAAAGAUCCUCUUUACCAUCCAGAAAAUCUUGAUCAGCCAGAAUCACCAUCAAAUUAUUCAUACGACAAUUUAUCGGAACUCAACGCUGAAGGAUUGGCAAACACAAGUGCCAACGAAGAAAUUACACAGAGAAAUGAACCAGGGACUGAAGCUAGUAAUAUUCCAGAGGCUACUUACUCUGAAAAUAUAGUUGAGUCUGAUUCGACUCCAAGAGCCAAAAAACGCAAACGCAAUGAAUGUGGUUGAAAGAAAAAUGUUGUGAAAAAAUUAAAGAAUACGGGCAAAUCUUAUAAAAGUACAGCGACAAAAAAAAAUUGUACCUGAACGCAAAAU